GGAAGUUAACGGAAAAAAUUGACAGUCUGCUUGAUUUUUUUUACGCGAUUGGCUUCUUCGGCAGAGUUCUUUGCCAAAAUUCUUGGUGAAAAAAGUUUUUUCUGAGGCUCUUUGGGGUGCAACGAUGGAAGCUCUCAUCCCCGUGAUUAAUAAGCUGCAGGAUGUCUUCAACACAGUCGGCUCGGAUCUCAUGCAGCUGCCACAAAUUGUGGUGCUGGGAAGUCAGAGCUCUGGGAAAAGUUCCGUGAUUGAGAGCCUCGUGGGCAGAUCAUUCCUACCACGAGGGACGGGUAUUGUGACACGAAGACCGUUGAUUCUGCAGCUGGUGUACUGUCCACUGGAUGACAGGGAGCACAGGAGUGCAGAGAGUGGGACAGUGAAUGUGGAGGAAUGGGGGAAGUUUCUGCACGUGAAGAAUCGCACGUACACGGAUUUCAAUGAGAUCCGGAAGGAGAUUGAGAUGGAUACGGAUAAAUUGGCGGGAGAUAACAAAGGUAUCUGCCCGGAUCCGAUUAAUCUCAAAAUCUACUCCACGAAAGUCGUCAAUUUGACCAUGGUGGACCUUCCGGGUAUUACAAAGGUCCCCGUGGGUGACCAGCCGGAGGAUAUUGAGGCACAAAUUAAGGAUCUCCUCUUUAAGUACAUUGAGAACCCCAACUCCAUCAUCUUGGCUGUGACAGCAGCUAAUACGGAUAUGGCAACGAGUGAGAGUCUCAAGUUGGCCAAGGAAGUGGAUCCGGAUGGACGACGAACACUGGCUGUGCUCACAAAGCUCGAUCUCAUGGAUGCUGGGACGGAUGCGAUUGAUAUUCUCUGCGGGCGCGUAAUUCCCGUAAAGUUGGGAAUUAUUGGUGUUGUGAAUCGCUCGCAGCAGGAUAUAAUUGAUCAGAAGAAUAUUGGGGAUCAACUGAAGGAUGAAGCGGCCUUCCUGCAGCGCAAAUACCCCACACUGGCCACACGCAAUGGGACCCCCUACUUGGCCAAGACCCUCAAUCGUCUCCUCAUGCACCACAUCCGCGAUUGCCUGCCCGAUCUCAAGACCCGCGUGAAUGUGAUGAUGUCGCAGUUCCAGUCUCUGCUCUCGUCCUACGGGGAUGACGUAAAGGACAAGAGCCAGACACUACUGCAGAUCAUCACAAAGUUCGCCAGUGCGUAUUGUGCCACAAUUGAUGGCACAGCCAGGAAUAUUGAGACGAAUGAACUGUGUGGCGGGGCGAGAAUUUGCUACAUCUUCCACGAGACAUUCGGGAAGACCCUCGACUCCAUCCACCCACUCACGGGACUCACGAAGAUGGACAUUCUCACGGCAAUUCGCAAUGCCACGGGCCCACGUCCGGCUCUCUUUGUGCCCGAGGUGUCGUUUGAGUUACUCGUGAAGCGUCAAAUACGUCGCCUUGAGGAGCCAUCGCUGCGCUGCGUGGAGCUCAUUCACGAGGAGAUGCAGCGUAUUAUUCAGCACUGUGGUACGGAGGUGCAGCAGGAGAUGCUGCGCUUCCCGAAGUUGCAUGAGAAGAUUAUUGAUGUGGUGACGCAGCUGCUGCGCCAGAGAUUACCCACGACGAAUUGCAUGGUGGAGAAUCUCGUGGCCAUUGAGUUGGCGUACAUCAAUACAAAGCAUCCGGAUUUCCACAAGGAGGCCGCCCUGGUGCCGAGUCUCAUGAAGAGUGAGACCGUUGAGCCGUUCAUGGUGCCGCCGAAGGUGACAAAUCGUCGGGAUUUGGCCAAGAAUGCCAUGCGUGAGGCACAGAAUCACAUUGAGAAUGACGAAGGGGCAGCACAGCAGCAGAAUCACGUUGGGGAGGGGCAACAGAGUAGCUGGUUGGCCAACAUAUUGGCGCAAAAGGAAAAGGGAGAGAGCCCAAUGACAUCCAGUGGGAAUACACCAACGCACACGAAUGCCAUGAGCCCCCUAAAGCCCGUCAAUCUCCUCCCUGAUGUCCCCAUAAAUCAUGCUGCACGAAAACUCACCGACAAAGAGCAAAAGGAUUGCGAUAUUAUCGAGCGUCUAAUCAAAUCCUACUUCUACAUCGUACGCAAAUCAAUUCAGGAUUCAGUACCAAAGGCAGUGAUGCACUUCCUCGUAAACUACGUCAAGGAUAACUUACAGUCUGAGCUGGUGACUCAUCUGUACAAGUCCGAUAAAGCUGAGGAGAUGCUUAAUGAAUCAGAUCACAUUGCUAUCCGCAGGCGUGAAGCUGCUGACAUGUUAAAGGCUCUCACGCGAGCGAAUCACAUCAUAAGUGAGAUCAGGGAGACGCACAUGUGGUAGACAUCGCGGGUAAGGUCUUGAGAUAUUUUAUAAAGCAAAAUUUAGUGGACAUUUUAGAAAGAUUAGAAGAGUGAAAAGAAAGCUAAAGAACUUCACAUUUUAUCCGGAAAAGAAAAAUUUUAAAGCUCAUUGCAAGAGUUUGGUGUAAAAAAUAAGCGCAUUGAACGUAAAUGUUAGUAAGACGUAAAGAGAUAAAAAAAAAUAACUUAAUUUAUUCUCCCUCAGAUUGGGGAAUUUUCUCCACCAAACACAUUUGUUAAAUUUAUUAAAUUAAGAUACAAGAACGUGGCUGUUUUCCCCUCCAUAAUAUUCUUGUGUUAGAAAAGUUUAAAUAAUUUUUAUCUCACAUCCGUUAAAUCAUGCAUUUGUUCGCCAGCACACCCACAUUUUUUUUAAACGAAACAUUUCUUUAAAGAAAUGAUUUUUUUUGUAGGUUUUUAUAGAGAAUUUCCUUGAGAAAAAAAUGCUUGAUUUCUUUUUUGUGCAUUUUUGAACAUAAUUUUUUAGGGUUACGCUUAAAAUUGGAUAAAGAAAAAAAACUUUUAAAAUGAGAAAUUAAAUUAAAUUAAAAAAUUGUAUAAUUGUAGUUUUUGAGGCAUCAUUCCCAGGACAUUUUUAGAAGAGAGAAAAUAAUUCAUUCGAGUUUUUGUGAGGAUUUUGUCACACAAAAAUAACCAAAUUGUUAGACAUCCUAUUCGCAACCAAUAAAUAAAAUUUGAAAUAUUGUAAUUAAUAUUCAAAACUUAAAA